AUGGAGCUGGAGAGCAGCCAUGAGCAGCCGCCGCCCGUGGUGCUGAGAGAGGACAACCGCUGCAGGCGCCGCAGGAUGAAGCCCCGAGGCUCCUCCGCGGCCAGCCUGUCCUCCAUGGAGCUCAUCCCCAUCGAGUUCGUGCUGCCCACCAGCCAGCGCAGCAGCGCCAGCGGCAGCAGCGGCAGCAGCAAGGCCCCGGAGACGGCGCUGCUGCACGUGGCCGGCCACGGGAACGUGGAGCAGAUGAAGGCGCAGGUGUGGCUCCGCGCGCUGGAGACCAGCUCGGCGGCCGACUUCUACCAGCGGCUCGGCCCCGACCACUUCCAGCUGCUCUACCAGAAGAAGGGCCAGUGGUACGAGAUCUACGACCGGCACCAGGUGGUGCAGACGCUGGACUGCCUGCGCUACUGGCAGGCGCUGCGCCGCAGCCCCGGCCAGAUCCACGUGGUGCAGCGGCGCUGCCCCUCGGAGGACACGCUGGCCUUCCAGCGCCAGCUCACCGCCCUCAUGGGCUACGACGUCACCGACGUCAGCAACGUGCACGACGACGAGCUCGAGUUCACGCGCCGCCGCCUGGUCACGCCGCGCCUGGCCGAGGUGGCGGGCCGCGACCCGCAGCUCUACGCCAUGCACCCCUGGGUGACCUCCAAGCCGCUCCCGGAGUACCUGCUGCGGAAGAUCGCGCCCAACCACUGCAUCUUCAUCGUCCUGCACCGCGGCACCACCAGCCAGACCGUCAAGGUCUCGGCCGACGACACGCCGGGCGCCAUCCUGCGCGGCUUCUUCGCCAAGAUGGCCAAGAAGAAGUCGCUGAUGGACAUCCCCGAGAGCCAGAGCGAGCGGGACUUCGUGCUGCGCGUGUGCGGCCGCGACGAGUACCUGGUCGGGGAGACGCCGCUCAAGAACUUCCAGUGGGUGCGGCACUGCCUCAAGCACGGCGAGGAGAUCCACCUGGUGCUGGACACGCCGCCCGACCCCGCGCGCGACGCCGUGCGCAAGGAGGAGUGGCCGCUGGUGGACGACUGCACCGGCGUCACCGGCUACCAUGAGCAGCUCACCAUCCACGGCAAGGACCACGAGAGCGUGUUCACCGUGUCCCUGUGGGACUGCGACCGCAAGUUCAGGGUCAAAAUCAGGGGCAUCGACAUCCCCGUGCUGCCCCGGAACGCCGACCUCACGGUGUUCGUGGAGGCCAACAUCCAGCACGGGCAGCAGGUGCUGUGCCAGCGGAGGACCAGCCCCAAGCCCUUCACGGAGGAGGUGCUCUGGAACGUGUGGCUGGAGUUCAGCAUCAAGAUCAAGGACCUGCCCAAGGGGGCCCUGCUGAACCUGCAGAUCUACUGCGGCAAGGCCCCCGCGCUCUCCGGGAAGGCCUCCGCGGAGACCCCGGAGUCCAAGGGCAAAGUUCAGCUUCUGUACUACGUGAACCUGCUGCUCAUCGACCACCGGUUCCUGCUGCGCCACGGCGAGUACGUGCUGCACAUGUGGCAGAUCUCCGGCAAAGGGGAGGACCAAGGGACCUUCAACGCCGACAAGCUCACGUCCGCCACCAACCCGGACAAGGACAGCUCCAUGUCCAUCUGCAUCCUCCUGGACAACUACUGCCACCCCAUAGCCCUGCCCAAGCAUCGGCCCUCCUCCGACCCUGAAGGGGACCGGGUCCGGGCGGAGAUGCCCAACCAGCUCCGGAAGCAACUGGAGGCCAUCAUAGCCACCGACCCGCUGAACCCGCUCACGGCCGAGGACAAGGAACUGCUCUGGCAUUUCAGAUACGAGAGCCUGAAGCAUCCGAAAGCGUACCCCAAACUGUUCAGCUCCGUGAAGUGGGGACAGCAAGAAAUGGUGGCUAAAACGUACCAGUUGCUAGCCAGGAGGGAGGUCUGGGAUCAAAGUGCUCUGGACGUCGGGCUGACCAUGCAGCUCCUGGACUGCAACUUUUCGGAUGAAAACGUGAGAGCCAUCGCGGUUCAGAAACUGGAGAGCCUGGAGGACGAUGACGUGCUGAAUUACCUGCUGCAGCUGGUCCAGGCUGUGAAAUUUGAACCUUACCAUGACAGCGCCCUUGCCAGAUUUCUGCUGAAGCGUGGCUUAAGAAACAAAAGAAUCGGUCACUUCUUGUUUUGGUUCCUGAGAAGUGAGAUAGCCCAGUCACGGCACUAUCAGCAGAGGUUCGCCGUGAUCCUGGAAGCCUACCUGAGGGGCUGUGGCACCGCCAUGCUGCAUGACUUCACCCAGCAGGUCCAAGUCAUUGAGAUGCUACAGAAAGUUACCAUUGAUAUCAAAUCGCUCUCUGCCGAAAAGUAUGACGUCAGCUCCCAAGUUAUUUCACAACUUAAGCAAAAGCUUGAAAACCUACAGAAUUCGAAUCUCCCCAAGAGCUUUCGAGUUCCGUACGAUCCUGGACUGAUAGCAGGAGCCCUGGUGGUUGAAAAGUGUAAAGUGAUGGCCUCUAAGAAAAAACCCCUGUGGCUUGAGUUUAAAUGUGCCGAUCCUACAGCUCUAUCAAAUGAGACAAUUGGAAUUAUUUUUAAACAUGGCGAUGAUUUGCGCCAAGACAUGCUUAUUUUACAGAUUCUACGAAUCAUGGAGUCCAUCUGGGAGAUUGAAUCUUUGGAUCUGUGCCUCCUGCCAUAUGGUUGCAUUUCAACUGGUGACAAAAUAGGAAUGAUCGAGAUUGUGAAAGAUGCCACAACAAUUGCCAAAAUCCAGCAGAGCACCGUGGGCAACACGGGAGCGUUUAAAGAUGAAGUCCUGAACCACUGGCUUAAAGAAAAAUGCCCCAUCGAAGAAAAGUUUCAGGCAGCCGUGGAGAGAUUUGUUUAUUCCUGUGCUGGCUACUGUGUGGCAACCUUUGUUCUUGGAAUAGGCGACCGGCACAACGACAACAUUAUGAUUACAGAGACAGGAAAUCUAUUUCAUAUUGACUUUGGGCACAUUCUUGGGAAUUACAAAAGCUUCCUGGGCAUUAAUAAGGAGAGAGUGCCAUUUGUGCUAACCCCAGACUUCCUGUUUGUGAUGGGGACUUCUGGAAAGAAGACAAGCCUACACUUCCAGAAAUUUCAGGACGUCUGCGCUAAGGCUUAUCUGGCCCUCCGUCAUCACACAAACCUCCUGAUCAUCUUGUUCUCCAUGAUGCUGAUGACGGGAAUGCCCCAGCUAACAAGCAAAGAAGAUAUUGAGUACAUUCGGGAUGCCCUGACCGUGGGGAAAAGUGAGGAGGAUGCUAAGAAGUAUUUUCUCGAUCAGAUUGAAGUUUGCAGAGACAAAGGGUGGACUGUGCAGUUUAACUGGUUCCUGCAUCUUGUUCUCGGCAUCAAACAAGGAGAGAAACAUUCCGCCUAA